AAUAAAAUCGAUCAUCCGGUUACAAGUCAGCAGUCGAGGCCUAACUGGAGGCCAGGGGCCCCGGUUAAUGGCACGUUUCACGGUGACAGACCUAGAAGAAUGCUGUCUCCCGUCCGUCAUUCCAGGCGGUUUUGGCGUUGGCUGUUCUUUCUCCUCUGUCCCCCGACAAUUCCCUAAACGCCAGCUGGGACCGAGGUUCAACGUGCUCUUGAAGUGCCCAGGACAUUUCAAGCAUGGUCUUUGUUUGGCUUAACAUAAAAAUCUCCUCCUCGAGAAGGGCGAAGUGUCCCCCACGCGAUGCUAUGCGUGGACGGAUGUGUCUCCUGAGGAGAGGUGCACCUGGGAAGCAGAAGCGACGUGUGAAAGGCCCAGCCAUGUGCCUGCGUGGGACGGUCCGUGUCCGAUUUGCUCCCGUGGGGUUGACCGCCCACCGUGCCGAGUCACUGGCACCACAAGUGACUGAAGUCUUCGGGGACACGCUUUUUGACGUGGCAUCUCACCUAGAAGCUGUGGUCCCCCAGUCAGGCCAGGAAAGGGGGAACAUGCAGCCCCUCCCGCCCCGCAGCAGAGAGCGGAAUCAGAGAAGGCUCGUCCCCGAGAGUGUCCACAAAGGGACCCUGGGCCGCAGCCCGGUCCUGAAGUCCCCACUCUGCAGGGACGUCUGCAGCAUUCACUCUGGGCGGGGCGGGCAUGGACAGGGUUCACACCCCACAGUGGGGGGGUCACAGACACAGCCGGGUCACUGGCAGUACAUGGUCACCCUCGUGACACUGAGCACGGGGGAUGUUGGGCGUGGGGCAGGUGUUUGGAGCACGUCACCGCAGGGUGGUCCACACGGGGGCUGCGACAGGGCCGGUGGGGCUGGUCCUUCCUCCCCACCCCCGUCUCAGGGUUGGGUGAUUCCCCGGUGAUGGUGACACCCCACCGGCCCACUCUGCGGCCACAGCUGGGGACACGACAUA